AUGGGAGUACAUCUACUCACUCUCGUCAAACGAUUGUUGAUAUGGUUUCUGCUACGACUACAGUGGAUUGUCAUCCUCUGCGUUGUGCUUCCGUUCAAUUUCAUUUGUGAGCAAUUCCUUAUCAACAAAAAGCGACUCGUAUUUGCUAUCGGAACGGCAAAAAGAGCUCAUGGCCGGAAAGUGCUCGCAAUUCAAAGACAGGUUCGCGAGUGGGCAACCAAUGGAAAAUCAACGAUAAUGUGUCCAGUUGAGAACGGACAGUGGCGUUCUCAUCAAAUACCGAAGGGGAUCACACCCAUCUACAUCGGGAAUCUCGUCCACAUUCUAGAAGUAAACAAAGAGGCAUUAAGUGUACGUGUCGAGCCGAUGGUGACAAUGGAAGAUUUGUCACGAACCCUGAUACCACUUGGCUACUGCGUUCCGUUAGUCCCAGCAAUAAAGGGUCUCACAGUACAAGAAGCUAUCAAUGGUGGUGGUGUGGGCACAUCCGGAAGAAAGUACGGCAUGUUCCAACAUAUUUGCUUAUCCUAUGAGCUUGUGAUGCCUGAUGGCAACGUAGUGACGGCAUCUAAGGAGAGGAAUGGUAACGCUGAGAUGCAAGCGCUGUACUAUGGUGUGCCCUGGAGCAGAGGAGCACUGGGCAUCCUGGUUGCGGUAACUCUUCGGAUGAUUCCCAUCAAACCUUUCGUCAAACUCAUGUACAUCCCGGUUAAUUCCUUUGAGGAGAUGCAGUCUAGAUUAAUAAAAGAAUGUAUGUGUAGAGAGAACGAGUUCGUUGAAGGAAUACAGUUCUCAAAUUCCCUAGGAGUGGUGCUUCAUGGAAAGUUCUGUGAAGGCCCACUUAGAAGUGAAAAGGCCAGCGUCAACGAAAUCGGCCGUUGGUAUAAGCCGUCUUUCUACACUCAUUUGCAGAACAUCGCCUCCUCAAUUACGGAGCAUGCAGAACUUGUUCCUUUACAAGACUUUCACAAUCGUCACUCGAGAAGCUUAUUCUGGGAGGUAGAAGAUUUGAUCUCGUUUGGCAAAUGUUUUCUGUUCCAGUGUCUUGUUGGACGGGUGGUUCCAUCAAGUAUUCAACUACUUGAGACGUUCACUCCGAACAUGGCGAAGUCAUGGUCCUUAACCCAUGUACACGAGGACCUUAUCGUACCACUGGAGCACCUAAAAGAAGCUAUGGAUUUUUGCGACAAAGAAUUCAAAAUCUACCCACUUUGGAUGUGCCCGUACAACCAACCGUCUUGUCCAGGCAUAUUUCGUCAACGAUCGGGGAGAAAUGUAUUGUUCGUCAGUGUGGGUGUGCACGGGAAUGUUCGAAGGGAUCGGUUUGAUCCAAAAGACAGCAUCAAACGACUAGAAGAAUUCGUAAUAUCGGUGAAAGGUGUGAAGAUGGUGCACGGAGAUAUGCGGAUGAGUCGUGCGGAAUUCUGGCAGAUGUUCGACUCGUCGCUCUACGAGUGGAUUCGAGUCAAAUAUAAUUGCAAGGAGGCGUUUCUGGAUGUCUAUGACAAGAUCUGCAUGUCCAUCAACGGCUGA